AUGUCAAACAAUACAAUUCCAUCGAUGGAAGCAUUACCAGUGGAAUUACUUCAUCGCAUUUUUGAUAAUCUUGAUACACAAACAAUCGUAUUUUCAGUUCGACCUGUAUGUCGAUUCCUUCGAUCAGUUGUCAAAACUUAUGAUCGACAUAUUUUGGAUUUGAAAUUAAUUUCAAAAUUAAAUUUUUAUACUCUCUGUCGAUUAAUUCAUCCACAGAAUGUUAUAUCAUUAAUACUUUCAAAUGAUGAAUUAACAUCAAAUCAAAUAGAUUUGUUUAUUUCGCUUGUUCGGCUUCGUCAAUUAACUCGACUUCGUUCUUUAGCUCUUCUUAAUAUCGAUGAAUUACAAUUAAACGUCAUUUUGAAACGCAUCAAUCUUACUAUACUUACUUUCUUCUCAUGUACUAUUAGAAAAUAUGAUGAUAGACGUAGAAAAACAACGAACGAACUUCUCACAUCAAUCAUCGCUCAAUCAUCUUUGGAAAAAAUUGAAUUCGAUAUUAAAUCUGAGAGAAUGCUACAGAUUUCAUGGCCAAUCAAUUGCACUAUUCAAUAUUUAACUAUCAACGAAAGCAUAACUAAAGAUAAUCUUUUUACAAUCCUUCAAUGUUCUUCUUAUUUACAUACAAUCAUUUUGAAAGAGAGUUGUAAUAAGAUUAUAAAUAAUAUUACUGUACCAUUUUCUCCUCCACAAUAUUUCCGACAAUUGAGAUCGUUAACGAUGGAGAAACUUGAUGUAAACAUUGAUAAACUGGAAUCAUUUCUAUUAUUAACACCAUCACUUGUUUAUUUAAAACUCAUUGAUGGAAAACAUAUGCUUGAUGGCAAACGAUGGGAACAAUUCAUUGAAAUAAAUCUGCCUCAUUUAGACAAAUUUGAAUUUUAUUUUGUCGAAUGUAGUUCGAUUAAAAAGACUGAAGCAGAUCUGGAGCUAAUUAUUGCUUCAUUUCGAACAUCAUUUUGGAUUGAACAUAAAAAAUGGUUUGUUAGUUGUGACUGUGAUAUGAAUUUCUCAAAUACUAUUUAUCUCUAUUCAUUACCAAUAUGCAAAUCUUUUCUCAUAUACGAAGUGAAGUCACAAAAACUUUCUUUAUCUAAUUAUAAUACAACGAGAGACAAUCAUCGAUCAAUAAUGAGUAAUGUCAAUUCACUACAAUUAUUUUUGGAAAAACCAUUACCUGAUCACGUUCAAGAAAAAGUAUGUUAUUUAACUGGUGUUAUGUAUUGA